AUGCCGUACAACACGCGCCGCAAAUCGCUCUCCCUGCCCAGCCUGGGCAUUCACAUCCCCGUCACGCAUGCCGCUCGUGCUGCUGCUGCUGCUGCUUCCGCCACCGCCGCUUCCGCAAAGCUCUCGAGACUGCCUUCGUUUUCGUCAUCAUCAUCGUCGUCGCCGUCGUCGUCGUCGUCGUCGUCCGCGUCGCCGACCCGCUCAGCGCAUCGCUCAGAUUCCACAGCCGACAAUACCACGGAUUCUCAUCCGAGCAAGCGUUUGAAGCGAUCGCACGCUGCGGCUUCCGCGCUGGCCCAAGCCGUCAACCAACAAACGCCCCCUUCGUCGCCAACUCCUGCCGCCAGCGUGGAAAUGUCCGACGCGGAUGCAUUGCCCAAGGUCCAUCUCCGAGGCAUCAAUGACGACAUUGUUGAAGCAUCCAUAGUUCAACUACAGUCUACCGCCAACCGGCCUCAUCUCAUCAAGGAGUUGGCAACCGUCUUGUCCCAAAAAUUGGCGUCGGUACAACAGUCUGCCAAUCCCUGCGCCAUCAUUUCUUCGCGCUUAACCACCUACAUGAAGCGACCCUGCUGGAGUGCGCUCUCCCCAUGCCCCCUAGCCAAGGAACUCGAGACUGUCCACCCGCGCCGAACCUACUUUUUCCUCACCAGCGGUCCUCGGCAGCCUCUGCCAGACCCAAGCAUCUCUCAGCCUCCUCGCCACCCCACCAGCAUCACACCUUCCGUCUCCUUGACCGAUGAUUCGGGAUCCGACGAUAUCGAAGCUCGCAGGCGAGACUUGAGCCCAUCCCCCGAGGUUGAUCUUUCCUCUCCAGAGUUUGACGACAUGGAAGACGAAGCCGCCAUGCCUGCCACGCCUAUAGGUUCCUUCAAGUCUCACAACGACCAAACAAGGCAAGGCCGAGACAUGCGACGGGACUCUCCUCCUCUAGAAACCGAUGAGCGCGAAUUCACCCAGACGGCCGAUGUUUUGCAGAAGCGCAAAUUGGCGCACAUUGAGACACCUCCCGCCCCCGACACGGCCGAGCGUAACUUUGUUCUCGAGUGCGGCUACCGAGACGACAUAUGGUUCGGCGACCGCGCUCUGUCAUCCGCCACGCUCUUGGCUAGUCCGGCCAUCAGACCGAGCACCAUGUCAAGCGUACGCAAAGAAGACGAGGCCGAGAGUUGGCUGAAGCUCAACAAGCUUUUCGAAUGGGAUAGAACCGCAGAAAGCAUUGAAAUUGAUGAGCUGGACUGCCUGUUGGAUACCUAUUGA